AAGAUUUUAUUUUGUACGAGGCAGGAACAACUGCUUCAUUCUACGACCUCGCAAAAGCUGUGAAAUACGGCUCUUGUCAGACACAAGACUUCAAUAUGCCAGGACUCGUCGAAAAGAAGCGCAAGCGCACUGAUGCCGCCGCCGUCGCAAAACCUACAAAAUCGAAAAAAGUAAAGGCCGCCAGCAAGGACGAUGGCGAGAACGACCCCCAAGCGCAAAUGCUGCUGCUAGAGCAACAAAUCCUCGAGUCGCCGUCCAACUACCCGAAUAUCACCAGCCUACUCAAAUUCCUCAAGUCCAAGGAUGCAACCCAAAAAGUCACGGCUGCUGUGGCACUAUGCCGCGUCUUCUGCCGCUUGAUGGCUGCUGAGAGAAUGGUCAAGCAGAAGACUAUGGACGAGGAGGAGAUUGAGCAGGUCGAUUGGCUCAAGACGCAAUACAAGGAAUACGGACGUCAGUUGGGUCGUCUAUUGGCAAGCGAGGAGCUUCAGAGCACUUCCCUGACUCUGUUGAUGCGCCUGGUCAAGGAAGAGACAUCUCAGGACGGUCGUCGUGCUGAGCAAGCUUGGAGAACUGGUAUCUUUGCCGACUUGGUUCUGGGACUCGUGGCAUCAGCCGAUGCUGCUGGUGCGCGCGAGGAGUUCAUGGAGAACUUUGUCGAGGAGCACGACGAUGUCCGCUACUUUACCUUCUAUGCUGUUGCAAACAUCCUCGCUCGCUCGCCUGAAGGCUACGACCGCCAGACACUCGUAUCCAACGCCCUCUCGCUACUUCUGCUCAUUGAGAACGCUCCCGACUCGGACUCGCAACUGGAAGACUGGUAUGGUCAAACGCCCGAAGGUCGCAAGCACGCCCUCUUAUCUCUGUCCUCGCAUCGCAAGACAGCACAAGAGGCAUGGCUCGCAAUCUUCCGCUCAGCCAUGACCAAGGAUGAGCGUAAAUCUAUCCUUCACCACUUGACCACCCGCAUUGUCCCCUGGUUCACCAAGCCCGAAUCGCUCAUGGAUUUCCUUACCGACAGCUACGAUGCCGGUGGUGCCACUUCUCUGCUCGCCCUAUCUGGUCUUUUCUAUCUGAUCGCCGAGAAGAACCUCGACUACCCUGCCUUCUACACAAAACUCUACUCUCUGCUCGACGACACACUACUGCACUCCAAACACCGCAGUCGCUUCUUCCGCCUCCUCGAAACCUUCAUGAGCUCAACCCAUUUACCUUCAGCUAUGGUCGCUAGUUUCAUCAAGAGAUUGUCAAGACUAGCGCUGCACGCCCCUCCUGCCGCUAUCGUGGUAGUAAUCCCCUGGGUCUACAACAUGCUACUCCGUCAUCGCACCUGCACAUUCAUGAUCCACCGCGAAGUCCGCGGUGCCGCACAACUCAAGAAACUCGAAGCCGAAGGUAUGGACGACCCCUUUUCCAUGGACCAACUCGACCCUAUGGAAACCAACGCCAUCGACUCUUCGCUCUGGGAGCUUGAGACUUUGGCCUCGCAUUAUCACCCCAACGUCGCUACAUUGGCGAGGAUCAUCCAGGAGCAAUUCACAAAGAAGAAUUACAACAUGGAAGAUUUCUUGGAUCAUAAUUACCAAGGUCUGAUUGAUGCAGAGUUGGGCAAGGAGAUGAAGAAGACGCCGGUUGUCGAGUUUGAGAUCCCCAAGAGGAUCAUCACGGUUGAGGAGGGUGGUUUGAAUGAUUUGGGUGGCUUGUUGCAAACGGCUGUUGAGGCAUUGUAGGCUUGCGUUCCGAGAUAUUUUGAUUUCUUGCAUACCAAAAGGCAUGGCGUUGGUCGGUAGCUUCUUCUAUUAUACACAUUUUCGAGAUUGAGAUC